AUGCCACCACCACCACCGCCACCAGCCUCCGGUAUUGCCUCUAGCCCAACCUCUGUUCUGCACGCUGAAUUGGUUGCCCGCAAAAAGAAAUGGCUCCAACUCCAAAAGCUGCGCUUUCACGAGGUCAAAAAGACUUCAGGCACGUUUGUCCACUCCCAAAAGGUCGACAUGCCACCUGAACACCUCCGCAAGAUCAUGGCGGAACACGGUGACCUCUCCUCCAAAAAGUACGCCGCAGACAAACGCGCGCACCUCGGCUCCCUCAAGUACAUGCCGCACGCGGUAUUGAAGCUCCUCGAGAACAUGCCGCAGCCGUGGGAAGAGGCCAAGGAGGUCAAGGUGCUCUACCACGUAACCGGCGCCAUCACUUUUGUCAACGAGAUCCCCCGCGUAAUCGAGCCUGUGUACACAGCGCAGUGGGCGACAAUGUGGCUCAUGAUGCGCCGCGAGAAGCGCGACCGCCGCCACUUCAAGCGCAUGCGCUUCCCGCCGUUCGACGACGAAGAACCCCCGCUCAACUGGGCCGAGAACAUACAAGACGUUGAGCCUCCCAGUAGCAUCCAGCUCGAGCUCGAUCUGGAGGAGGACUCCCACGUGGUUGAUUGGUUCUAUGAUGAACGUCCGUUGGCCGACGAGCUCAGGUUCGUCAAUGGUGAAUCUUAUCGCACGUGGAUGUUGGAUGUGCACCAGAUGGCGGCGCUCUACCGCCUCGCGACGCCGCUUGUCGCGGCGGAGGACCUCAACUCUCGCUACUUAUUCGACCGUGAGUCGUUCUUCACCGCCAAGGCGCUCAACAUCGCGAUCCCGGGGGGCCCAAAGUUCGAGCCACUUUUCAAGGACGCCUCCAACCCACAGUUAGAGGACUUUUCCGAGUUCAACCUGGUUGACCGCAUCAUCUUCCGUGUGCCCGUAAAGACCGAGUAUCGCGUGGCGUAUCCGCACCUCUAUAACUCGUUCGCACGCGCGGUCCACGUCCCGUGGUACCAAGAACCGUUGACGUGUCUCGCUGAGGGGGACGAAAAUCUUCCAGUUUUCACCUUCCACCAGAGCCUCAAUCCGAUCCCAGGAAGACCUCCGCAAAUAUCAGAUCUAGGAGAUGCCUUCCAGUUGCCUGGUGGCUUUUCUCCAUUCAUGAUUGAUGAGGAACUCGAGCCGGAGGCGUGUGCUGAGGCGCUCGAGUUACUCCAUGCACCGUUCCCGUUUAACCGCCGUAGCGGCCGCACGGUCCGUGCCCAGGAUGUGUCCUUGGUCAAACGCUGGUACCUCCAGCACCCGCCAGCAGGAUACCCAACCAAGGUCCGGGUAUCCUACCAAAAGCUCCUCAAGUCGUACGUGCUCAACGAGCUCCACCGCACGAAAACGUCCAAUGUCCGCAAGGUGAACCUCCUCAGAUCGCUCCGCGGGACCAAAUAUUUCCAGCAAACCACCAUUGACUGGGUGGAGGCUGGGUUACAGGUGUGUCGCCAGGGGUUCAACAUGCUCAAUUUACUCAUCCACCGCAAGGGCCUCACAUACCUCCACCUCGACUACAACUUCAAUCUCAAGCCGACCAAGACGCUCACAACGAAGGAGCGCAAGAAGUCGCGCUUCGGGAACGCAUUCCAUCUCAUGCGCGAGAUUCUCCGCAUCGUCAAGAUGCUCGUCGAUGCGCAGGUGCAGUUCCGUCUUGGUAACGUGGAUGCAUUCCAGUUGGCUGACGGGAUCUACUACACGUUGAACCACCUUGGCCAGCUCACCGGGAUCUACCGCUACAAGUACAAGGUGAUGCACCAGAUCCGCGCGUGCAAGGACCUCAAGCACGUAGUGUACUACCGCUUCAAUACGGUGAUCGGCAAGGGCCCGGGGUGCGGGUUCUGGCAGCCGGCGUGGCGCGUGUGGAUUUUCUUUAUGCGGGGAAUCCUCCCACUCUUGGAACGCUGGUUGGGUAACCUCCUUGCACGCCAGUUCGAGGGGCGCCGCGCGAAUGACGUUGCCAAAACCAUCACCAAGCAGCGAGUGGACUCCUACUACGACUUGGAGCUUCGUGCGUCCGUGAUGCACGACAUCCUCGAUAUGAUGCCUGAGGGCAUCCGCAAAAACAAGAGCAAGACCAUCUUGCAGCACUUGAGCGAGGCGUGGCGGUGCUGGAAGGCGAACGUGCCGUGGAAAGUACCGGGCUUGCCGCUCCCGAUCGAGCAGAUCAUCGAGCGGUACGUGAAGGCCAAGGCGGACGGCUGGGUCUCGGUCGCGCACUACAACCGUGAGAGGAUCCAACGCGGUGCGCCGGUGGAGAAGACCGUCGCGAAAAAGAACCUUGGCCGCUUGACGCGCUUGUGGGUCAAGCACGAGCAGGAACGCCAGCAGAACUUUCAAAAGGACGGACCGUAUAUUCUGCCAAAAGAGGCCGUGCCAGUGUUUGAAACCAUGGUGCACUGGUUGGAGAGUCGCAAGUUUUCGCCGAUUCCCUUUCCGCCGUUGAGCUACAAGCAUGAUACAAAGUUGUUGGUUUUGGCGCUUGAGAACCUCAAGGAAGCGUACGGGGCAAAGGGGCGUCUCAACGCUUCGCAGCGCGAGGAGCUCGCGUUGAUCGAGCAGGCAUACGAUAACCCCCACGAAUGCUUGUCCCGGGUGAAGAAGUUCUUGUUGACCCAACGAGUGUUCAAAGAGACACGCGUUGAGAUGAUGGACCACUAUGAGUAUAUUUCACCGGUGUACGAGGUGGAUCCGUUGGAGAAGAUCACCGACGCGUACCUCGACCAGUACCUCUGGUUUGAGGGCGAUAAGCGGCAGUUGUUCCCCAACUGGGUCAAGCCGAGCGACACGGAGAUUCCACCCCUCUUGGUGUACAAGUGGUGCCAGGGGAUCAACAACCUUGAGAAUGUCUGGGACACCAGCCACGGGGAGUGCAACGUGAUGUUGCAGACGACGAUGCUGAAAGUGGCAGAGAAGGUUGACUUUACGUUGCUUAACCGACUUUUGCGCUUGAUCUUGGACUCUAACAUCGCAGACUAUAUCACCGCAAAGAACAACGUGAACGUCACGUUUAAAGACAUGAACCACGUGAACCAGUACGGGCUCAUUCGCGGGCUCCAGUUCCUGUCGUUUGUGUUCCAGUACUACGGCCUCGUGCUCGACCUCUUAAUUCUCGGGCUCGAGCGGGCGUCGGAACUCGCGGGGCCGGCAUCCCAGCCAAACGGGUUCCUCCAGUUUGAAAAUACCGCGGUCCAGACCAAAAGCCCGAUCCGCCUCUACUCGCGCUACAUCGACCGCAUCCACAUCUUCUUCCGGUUUACGGACGCCGAGGCGGGUGACCUCGUCAACGCAUUUCUCGCAGAGAACCCCGACCCCAACUUCGAGAACGUCGUGGGCUACAACAACCGCCGCUGCUGGCCACGCGACGAGCGCAUGCGCUUGAUGCGCCACGACGUGAACUUGGGACGCGCCGUCUUCUGGGAGGUGCAGGGGCGCAUUCCGCGCUCGUUAGCCUCGAUCGAGUGGGCCGAUACCUUGGCGUCGGUCUACUCCCGCGAUAACCCAAACCUCCUCUUCACAAUGUGCGGGUUCGAGGUGCGGAUCUUGCCCAAGUGCCGGGCCGAGACCGGUUCGUCGAAGGAGGGGGUCUGGGACCUUGUAGACGAUCGCACGAAGGAGCGUACCGCCAAGACGUUUCUCCAGGUGACGGAGGAGGACGUGGCCAAGUUCAACAACCGCAUCCGCCAGAUUUUAAUGUCCUCGGGGUCCACCACGUUCUCAAAGAUCGCCAGCAAGUGGAACACCGCGUUGGUUGCGCUCUUUGCGUACUACCGUGAGGCGGUGGUUUCAACAGAACCCUUGCUUGACGUGUUGGUGAAGUGCGAGACAAAGAUCCAGACCCGGGUCAAGAUAGGUCUCAACUCGAAGAUGCCGUCGCGGUUCCCGCCGGCGGUGUUCUAUACGCCAAAGGAGCUCGGGGGUCUCGGGAUGCUUUCGGCCUCGCACAUCUUGAUUCCGGCCGCGGAUCUCCGCUGGUCGAAGCAGACCGAUACGGGGAUCACGCACUUCCGCCUGGGGAUGAGCCAUGCGGAUGACAAGCUCAUCCCGACGGUGUUUCGCUACAUCACCACGUGGGAGAACGAGUUCCUCGACUCGCAGCGCGUGUGGGCGGAGUACGCGAUCAAACGCCAGGAGGCACUCACGCAGAACCGCCGCCUCACCUUUGAGGACAUGGAGGAGAACUGGGACCGUGGGUUGCCGCGGAUCAGCACGUUGUUCCAGAAGGAUCGGCACACCUUGGCCUACGACAAGGGCCACCGCGUGCGCCGCCAGUUCAAGCAGUACUCGCUCAACCGCUUCAACCCGUUCUGGUGGACAAGUAACCACCACGACGGGCGCCUCUGGAACCUCAACGCCUACCGAACCGAUGUGAUCCAAGCGCUCGGGGGGAUCGAAACCAUUCUCGAACACACCUUGUUCAAGGCUACCGGCUUUGACUCCUGGGAGGGCUUAUUCUGGGAAAAGGCGUCUGGGUUUGAGGACUCGCUCAAGUUCAAGAAGCUCACGAACGCACAGCGCUCGGGGUUAAGUCAGAUCCCCAACCGGCGCUUCACGUUGUGGUGGUCGCCGACGAUCAACCGUGCGAACGUGUACGUGGGGUUCCUUGUGCAACUCGACUUGACCGGGAUCUUCCUCCACGGGAAGAUCCCUACGUUAAAGAUCUCGCUCAUCCAGAUCUUCCGGGCCCAUUUGUGGCAGAAGAUCCAUGAGAGUGUGGUGUUCGACCUCUGCCAGGUGCUCGAUAAUGAGUUGGAGGCGCUCCAAAUCGACAGCGUGCUGAAGGAGGCUAUCCAUCCGCGAAAGUCCUACAAGAUGAACUCUUCUUGCGCCGAUGCGGUGCUUCAAAGCACGUACAAGUGGGCCGUGUCGCGCCCGUCGCUUCUCCAUGAUAGCGGCGACGCGUUUGAGGCCGCCACGACAAACAAAUUCUGGAUCGAUGUCCAAUUGCGCUACGGUGACUACGACUCGCAUGACAUUUCGCGGUAUACCCGUGCAAAGUACCUUGAUUACACCACCGACAGCGGAAGUGUGUAUCCAUCCCCCACGGGGUUGAUGGUGAGCAUUGACCUCGCGUACAACAUGUACGACGCCUACGGGAAUUGGUUCCCGGGCCUCAAGCCGUUGAUGCAGAGCGCGAUGAAGGCAAUCAUGAAGGCCAACCCCGCGUUGUAUGUGCUCCGUGAGCGCAUCCGUAAGGGGCUCCAGUUGUACCAGGCACAGCCGCAGGAGGCGUUCCUCAACUCGGCAAACUACGCAGAGCUCUUCAACAACGACACCCAGUUGUUUGUUGACGACACCAAUGUGUACCGCAUCACGGUGCACAAGACGUUCGAGGGCAACUCCGCGACAAAGCCGAUCAACGGUGCCAUCUUUAUGCUCAACCCCAAGAGCGGCCAGCUCUUCCUCAAGAUCAUCCACACGUCGGUUUGGGCCGGGCAGAAACGUUUGAACCAGCUCGCAAAGUGGAAGGCGGCCGAGGAAGUUGCCGCGUUAGUGCGUUCCCUUCCCCGCGAGGAGCAGCCGAAGCAGCUCAUUGCUACGAGAAAGGGAAUGAUCGACCCGCUCGAGCUCCACAUGCUCGACUUUCCAAACGUGUCGAUCCGCCCGUCCGAGCUCCACCUUCCGUUCGCCAACGCGUUAAAGAUUGACAAGCUCUCGGAUAUUGUUAUGCGGGCCAACGAGCCCCAGAUGGUGCUCUUCAACCUCUACGACGACUGGUUAAAGAGCAUCUCGGCGUACACGGCCUUCUCGCGCCUCGUGCUCCUCCUCCGCGCGCUCGGGGUCAAUGCGGAGCGCACCAAGGUGGCGUUGGGUGCGGGCAGUGUGGUUACCGAGGACCACCAUAUCUGGCCGACAUUUACGGAUGAGCAGUGGAUCGACGUCGAGACGCAGCUCCGCGACUUGAUUCUCGCGGACUACUGCCAGAAGCACGGCGUCAACGCGGCGUCGCUCACCCAGGCCGAAAUCCGUGACUUGAUUCUUGGCCAGGAUAUUCGCGCGCCGUCCGCAAAGCGCCAGGAGAUUGCCAACAUCGAAGGCGAAAGCGACCCGUCGCAACUCUCUGCCGUCAAGACCAAGACCCAGAACGUCCACGGUGAGGAAAUCACCACCGUCACCACCAGCAACUACGAGCAGCAGGCGUUCGCGUCCAAGACCGAGUGGAGAAACCGUGCCAUUGCCACCACGAAUUUGCACCUCCGCACGAAGCACAUUUACAUCUCCUCUGACGAUGCCGUCAGUGACGAGGGGUUCACCUACAUCAUGCCAAAGAACUUGCUCAAGAAAUUCAUCCAGAUCGCAGACCUCCGCACACAGGUGGGCGCCUUCCUCUACGGGACGUCGCCCGCGGACCACAUGCAGGUCAAAGAGAUCCGUUGUGUGGUGUUGGUCCCACAGCUCGGCGCGAACCAGGGUGUGCAGUUCCCAGAGGCGUUCCCCGACAAUCCGUUGCUCGAGGGUCUUGAGCCGCUUGGCUGGUUGCACACGCAAGCGCAGGACUCAAACGUAAUGUCUGCCGCGGAUGUCACGGCGCACGCGAAGAUGGCCAGCGCCCAGGGCUGGGACGCCGCGGUGACUCUCACCGUGUCGUUUACGCCGGGCUCCGUGUCACUCGCGGCAUACGCGUUAACCGACGCCGGCCAGCAGUGGGGCGCGGUGAAUCGCGAUGUGGUUUCCGCGGCCCCUGCGGGCUUCUCUAUCGGGUUUGGCACGAAGUGCCAGUUGUUGUUGUCGGACCGCAUCAGCGGCUUUUUCUUGGUCCCUGAUACCGGGCUCUGGAACUACGCCUUCAUGGGUGCCUCCUGGAACGCCAAGGGUGCGUACGCACUCAAGCUCGACACACCGUUGCCGUUCUACCACGAGUUACACCGCCCGGUCCACUUCACCACGUUCAACCAGAUCGAAAGUGGCGAGUUGGAGGCCGAGCAGCAGGAUGUGUUUGCAUAA